UAUUAUGUAGAUAAUAGCAUUUAUGGCGAUACUUUUCCUGUAAAAAUAGUUGCCCCCUUUUGGAACCCCCGUUGAUUUAACCCUGUGUUGAGCCCCAGGAAAUAUGAGCCAAGCAGAUGGCGCAUUAUCCAAUGAGAAUUAAAUAAAGAGUCACGUGGUUUUGUUAUUAUUGCCAAACAUUGAUUCGAGGACACACGUUUUUAGCCCUUUGGAUUUUAAUUGAUUUUGCAUUUGUAUCCAUUAUUGGACUGUGAAAAUUGUAAGUUUUGUUUCUGUUACGAACAUUAUCGAUUGUGUGUGAUAUUACGGACUACUCAUUGGUUGCAUCAUUGGAAAAAGAGAUUGUUUAUGUGCGGGAUUCCAGGGAUAGUCGGUCAUGGCGGCGGAUCAAACAAUUUCUGUUGCAAUAGUUGGCCAUUCUUAUGUACGGCGUUUGAAAGUUUAUGCAGCUCAACAGAACAUUCCUUAUCUACGAUUGGACACUGAUAAGUUCUUUGUGUCAAUUCGAGGAAAAGGGGGUCUGUGUUUACGGCAUCUUCGAAGCGAUGCUAACAUUGUGCAUUUUGUAAAUGUCCCGGAUAUUUGUUUUCUACAGAUUGGUGAAAAUGACAUUGUUCCUGAAAGUAAGGCCUCAAAAAUUGCACAAGACAUUUUUUCGCUUGCAAAUUAUUUACAUGAAGGGGUUGGUGUUCAAAAAGUAAUUAUCGGCCAAUUGCUGCGUCGCCUUCCCUAUGCAGCAUGUAUCAAUUUCAAUGACACGGUGUACGAGGUAAAUCGGGCGCUACGGGAGAUGACAACUGGGUUGAAAGGAAUUGUCUACUGGCCUCACCGGGGGUUCUGGAAUAGCCUCUCAUAUCUGGGACCAGAUGGAGUACAUCUGCAGUGCACACCGUCCAAUGAUCAGCCAAUGAGGAAGUUUCUGCGCAGUAUACGCAAUGCCAUCAUCAUCACUUCAAAGGAAAUUAGGCCAGUAUAGCUAAUGAUUCAGUACUGAAUUAAGUACCAUUGUCUGGAUAUUUGAUCAUACAUUUCUAAGUCAUUAAUGAUGGUUGACUGUAGAUAGUCUCAUUCAAUAUUUAUUCUAAUUCAAAAAAAAAAAAAAAAAAAAAAAAAAAAAAAAAAAAAAAAAAAAAGGGGUACAAAAGUUUAAUGUUUGGCAAUCUUUCUUAUGUUUGAUAUAAGCAUUCAGUGAUGAUAUUUAGUAUACUGGGCUUCAUUUAGUAAAACAAAGUGUUCCUCGUAGACAUCCUGUUUGUUAUCUCAUUAUUUUCCUAUCGUUUGAUGCAAUUUCAUGGUUAAAUUCAAUGUACAUGUCAUAAACGUAGAGAACAGUCGUUUCAGUUGCUGUGAUAGACAUAACUAUAUCUGUUUUAUUAUAGAUUAGAAUACCAGUAUGACAUGUUGGUUGCUACUUGUAAAAUUUCAGUUCAGAUGUUUAGCAGAUUAUUCUUGGGAAACAUUUAAUAUAAUGUUUCAACAUUUUACUUGGGAAUCUUAUAUAUUGAUAGAACAUUGAGUAUAAUGUUUCAAAAGUUUGCUUCAAAAUACAUUCUGUUUAUUGUUUUACCAGGUUUUCUUUGGGAAUAUUAAGUAUAUAAUGUUU